AUGGCAUUCAACUCGAAGAAUCUCAGCUAUGACCGCCAGGAGCCUGCCUUUCUACGAAAAAUGCGCGGUGAGUCUGGCGGAGUCGAUUCAGAUCGCCAUGCGCAUCCCGCGCAACGCCCACGCAAACCCAAGAACAAGGACGACGAAGACGACGAUGCGCCGACCUACGUUGACGAAGAAACGAACGACACGAUAACAAAAAAGGAUUACGAGGCACUGCUAAAGGGAAGCGAAGACAAGCCGGAAACUACCGGUGCAGAGGGUGAUGGUGACGCUGGAUCCGGAGAAUCGAAAGAACCGACCAACGCGAGCUCAGCACAAGCCAGUAAUACUGCAGGUGCACCCAUGGCCCAAGAGAAAAUGGCUGAAAUUGGCAGUCAAAAGAGGAAAAAGCAGGCUAGAGUGGUCGGCGGGGACGACGACGAAGUAGCUGCUGAGGAAGAGGCCCCGCGCAAAGACAGUUCGUCAAGUCGUAGACCAAAGGCGAAGAAAAAGAAAGUAAAGCUUUCAUUCGAUGAGGCGUGA